AUGAAGUGGAUUGGCGAAGAUCAACUGGAUAGCUCUUACUUAAGCGACGUGCUGCUCGCUGCUCAAGGACACGCUGUCAGUGGCGACUGCGAUUGGAGCGGUUUGGCCAUCAAGAAUCCAUUUACUCUGGCUCCCACUGCUAUGAUAGUCGUUCAUAUCGAAGGUGUAGAGAAAUAUAAAAAUUACUUUGGCAAUGCCAUUGUGCCCAUUGCCACGCCCAUACAAUACUUCAAGCCUGUCGAGUAUGCGAGCCAUCGGCAAUUCCUUGAGGAAGUGGGCUAUAUGCAUGCCAUCAGUGAGAACUUGAGCAGGCUGUUGAAGCCCUCACAUGUGGUUGUCAUACGCAUCUCAUUGCAGAACAUUGUCAAGAUCAACAGUUACAGUCUGCUAUACGAGGCCAAAAAGCUGAUCAAACAAGCCAAUUUACGUCUUCUUCGUGCAGCCAGGACCAUAACCAAUGCUGUGCUCUUUGUGCUGACCACAGAUAAAAAGCAGAUGGUAAACAUUUCGGGACGUAGUUUGAAGGAGGCCAAUAAUACAAAUCCCUUUGCUCUGGCCGUAGUUUGCUAUGUGAUUGCCACAAUCGAUCCUGGCGAAGAUUCAGUUCUCUAUCGUACGAGCCGCACAGUGUUACAACGUAGCCACAGGAAAAGAAAGUAA